AGGGAAGCCUCCGGCCUCCAGAGGCCUCUAGGACCUCUGGGGACAUCUUCCUCCAUGGGCCUCCGGGAACAUCCGGGGACCUCCCCAGUGAGGGAGAGGAGAGUUAUCUGAGAGAGGCACGUGAGCGCAUGUGCUGGGGACGUCCGCGGACGGAAGAUUUGCUGGCGCCCAGCCCCCUCUCCGCAGCUUCGUGGGCGGCGCCGUCGGCGCCGCCCCAGGCGCGCUUCCCGGGAAGACUUGCGGGAGGAGGCCCGGCGUCGGCGGAGGUCGGCCGUCCGAGGACGCCCGCGGCGAGCGCUCAUGUCCUGAGAGGCCCUCGCGGUGCUGGCGAGGGCGGAGGAAGGGCACCCGCGCCUGCACAGGGUUUGGUGGAACACCGCUCUGAAGGCGUGCGCGGCUGGCGGCAGGGCGGAUCUCGCCGUCGAUGUGUUCGGGCGGAUGGUCAGCAGCCGUGUCAGCCCCUCCGGCAGGACGUUCGGCAAGUUGGCGAACGCGGCCGCCAAGGCCGGACUGCUGGGCGAGGCAUCGGGAUGGCUGGACUGCGCUGCCAGGAGCAGGCUGGCGCCAGACCAGGUGCUCCACAAUACGCUCCUGGAUGCGGCCGCGAAGUCGCACAAUCUCGCGGAGGGCGAGCGCUACUUCAGUCAGAUGCUCGAGGCGCGGCUCAGCCCCAGCGUGGUGUCGUUCAACUCCCUGGUGGACGCCGCGGCCAAGCAGGGUUGUGGCGCGGCCGCCCUCGGCUGGCACGCCAGACUGCUCGAGCAGAGGCUCUCCCCGGACGCGAGGACGUUCAACUCGCUCAUCAGCGGCUGCGCUCGGGCGGGGGAUCUCGAGGGGGCAGAGGCUUGGCUGGAGGAAAUGGCCGGUGCCCUCCUGGAGCCCACCGGUGCGACCUACAACGCCAUCGUCUACGCGGCGGCCAAGAGCGAGCGCCUCGACAGCGCGAGGGCGUGGGGCCAGCAGAUGGUGGCGCGCCGGGUCGAGCCCAGCGUGAUGACAUUCGGUGGCGCGCCAGGGGAGAGGGCAGUCCUCCUCCUCCUCCUCCUCCUCCUCCUCCUCCUCCUCCUCCUCCUCCUCGGGGCUUCUCAGAAGCCCCUGGGCUUCUCAGCAGCCGUCCGCGUCCUGCGAGCAGGCUCGGGGAGGCCUCUCGGAAGGCUGGAGAGGCCUUCCUGCGCCUUGCGAGCAGGCCCGCCCCCCUCUGCCUCCCCCACCCGGGGCGCUCCGCCGAGACGUACAACACGCUCAUCUCGGCGGCGGCCAGGUGUGGCGACGCCCCCGGCGCGGAGCGCUUCGUGGCGCAGCUGCGCUCGUCGCGCCUGGCGCCCGACCGCGCGAGCUUCAACGCGCUGCUGGACGCCGCGGCGAAGUGCGGCGACGGGCGGAUGGCGCACAGGAUGUACCACGAGAUGUGCGAGGCCUCCGUCGAGCCAGACGAUCUCACAUACAAUGCCAUGAUCAACGGGUCCGCUCACGGGAUCGACUCCCGAUCAGCCGUGGGGUGGUUCAGCGAGAUGGUGGCAAACGCAGGUCAGCCCGACCGCGUCACCUUCAACUCUUUGAUGAACGCAACGGCCAGGACUGGAGACAUGGAGGCGGCGCAGGAGUGGUUCCGCAGGAUGCGCGAGGCCUCUUGCGCCCCCGACGCGCGGUCCUACGGCACGCUUAUCAACGGAUUUGCACAGCUGGACGAGGGCUCUGAGUCUGCGUUUCGUCGAGCGGACCACUGGUUCUCGGAGCUAGAGCAAAGUGGGCACGCAGCGUCGGUCAUUCAGUACAAUCAGCUCUUCCACGCUAUGUGGAAGGUGGGCCCGCGCGGGCCUGAGCGGGCGAAAUCGCUGUUUCAGCGGAUGGUGGCCCAGGUGGUGAUUCCGACCCAGAUAACGCAAAAGAUUUUGUGCAAUAUCCUUGGGCGUUUGGUGGUGUCUCGCCUGCUCAAGGAGGCUGGUUUCGACGAGCGCGCUAUUGUGCAGGCAGGCGAUGCCGGGCGGCAGAAGAGGCUACAGCCUGCUCCUCCGAGCCAGGCUUCCUCGCGUUCGCGCGUCAAGAGGCUGGGCCACCUGGGGAUCGCGCCUGGGCAGCGGGGCCACACCUAUUGAGCCAUCGGAGAAGGCCAGGGCGCUGAUGAGAGCAAGGUCAACCAUACUCGGCAUGGAGAACAAACAGAAGCUGAACAUGCGGCAGUCUCAUCAUGCGAUUGUAUGGUUUAUCCCUAGCUGGAUAUAUCGCGCGCUGUGGAGGACCUUCCACGACGGACGGCUCCGUUGAUUUGUCAGAAGGGGUGCUACGCACUCUCUCUUUACCUGGACUGCUCCUUGAGCAGUGACAUCGAAGCUUUGCUGGUACCUGGCUGGGCAGUGCAAGAGAGGCGCAGCAAGGCUUUCUCACGCGAGAAGGCAGGUGAGGCAUGCACUGGUGAGCAAUGGAUAAGGAGAGGAUCGAUAAUUGUCACCCGACGAUGCGAGGUCCGCGAGAGCCUCGUGGCAAAGCAGAUCCUGCAAGCAUCCGCAGCAUGCAGAGAGUCUGUCUCCGAACCGAUACUGCCAGCGGCUCGGACUGCCAGCCAUGAUGACAUAUAGUGGCUAAUGGUGUGCUCCAGCCCUACCUGCAGACCAAGCCGAGUGAUCCGCGCUGCAAGAUCCGAGGAGAGCACAACGCCUCGGCGCGUUGUAGUCUGGAAGUGAGCGAAGCCGAGCCCCUGGGAGUCCUUCUGAUUCAGCGCGAGCUGUUUCGCUCAGAGCAAGCUGCGCCAACAUCCACCUGCAUAUACGGGCCGUGAAGAAAGUGAAG